AUGCGCUUCGCCGACAUCCUAGUCGACCUCGCCGCGGUCGCCUCAGCCUCUCGCUCCAUCGCCUCCAAACAUAUCGCCCUCCGCGCUCGCCAAUGGGACCGCUACACACGAGAGUCGAGUAUCCUCGGGCAGGCGAUGAGGGUGAGAGGCAGUAACGGGCAGACGAAGAAGACCGGGCAGGGGCAGGCUCAGGAGCAGUCCAAAGGUGAGGAGCAGAAGCGGGAGCAAAUACAGCAGCAGCAGCAGCAUGAGGUUGGGCAGAAGCAACAGCAGCAGCAGGGUGAUGUGAGAGUUGAAGAGGCCAAGGCUGCUCAGACAGAGACAACGACACAGACUGAGACGGUGCAGCAAACGGUUCAGAAGUCUCAACCUACACGGCCCGAGAGCAUAACACCCAGCUCAGUGAAAGAAAUCUCUCCCACUCCUUUGACAACCUCUACCUCAGCUCCAGCCGAGCAAGCCCAAUCUUCCUCCUCGACAUCAACGCCCCCCUCCCAAACAAGGGAAUUCACCCCCGCCCCCUGGGCGAACGGAACAAUCCACUUGCUCAAGCAGCAACGUGAGCAAGGGAUUGGUAGGCUUGGGCCCAGCAUUUCGCCUGUCCAACCUAUCCAGCCAUCUCUGGCGGGUCUGGAAGGCAUUGGGAUUUUGAAAAAGAAGCCUGCUGCUGGGCUGCCGAAGGUGUUGGAGAUGUUGCAGGGAGUCGAGGCUGAGCUCAGUAAGGAGUCUGAGGGGGAGGGGAUAAAGGAAGAAGCCAAGCAAGUUGAGGAGCAGAAGCAGGAGGAGCGCCAGGUUCAGGUGGGGAUUGAGGUCACGGAGAAGGUCGGAGAGGUGAAAGCUGAGCCCCAGGCUGAACCAGUACAAGUUCAGGAGACAACAGAGGUCGAAGAGCCUGCCCCUGCGAAGGUCGAGCCAGAGGCUGCCCCGGCACAGGUCGAGGAGAUAGAAAACGUCGAAGAGGUCACCCCUGAAAUUGCUGAGCCCAAGCCUGCACCAGCAUCAGUCGAGGUGGCACCAAAAGAAAAAGAAAUCCAGCCCGAGGUCAAAGCCGAAGCCCCCAGCCCAGCCCCCGAACCCAAACUCUCCCAGGAAGACGCCAACCUAGUAGCAGAACUCUCCAACCCCAUCUCCUCAGCCGCCCCCGGCCACCAACUCCGCGAAUCCGCCGUCCCCUCCACACGCCUCUCCCGCCUCUGGAACUACGGCGGACUCGCCGCCGGCAUGGUCGCAGGUGCCCUAACCGAGGGCCUAUCCCGCGCCUUUGGCGGCGGCUCCAACACCGGCAGCGUGAUGCUCUCGCCGGCCAACAUGGAGCGCCUUGUCUCCAAGCUCUCCCGCAUGCGUGGCGCGGCCCUCAAACUCGGGCAAAUGAUGUCCUUCCAGGACGCCAAGAUGCUCCCGCCUGCGAUACAGGAGGUGCUGCAGCGGGUGCAGGAUCGGGCAGAUUACAUGCCGGGGUGGCAGCGGGAUAAAGUUAUGGUGAACAAUUUGGGGGAGAACUGGAGGGAGUUGUUCGAGGAGUUUGAGGAGACGCCGGUCGCGGCGGCGAGCAUAGGACAGGUGCACCGUGCCAAGCUGAAGAGCACCGGCGAGCAGGUCGCAGUAAAGAUCCAGUUCCCUGGGGUCGCCGAUAGUAUCAACUCGGAUUUGGAUAACCUGGGGAUAUUGCUGAACGCGACGAAAUUGCUGCCGAAGGGGCUGUAUCUGGACAAGACGAUUGCGAAUGCAAGGACGGAGCUGGCGUGGGAGUGUGAUUAUGUGAGAGAGGCAGGCUGUGCAGAACGGUAUAGGGAGUUGCUCGCUGAUGAUGGGGUGUUCGCCGUGCCGAGGAUCUAUCGCGAGGCGUGUGGAAAGCACGUACUUACGAUGGAGUGGAUGCCGGGGACGGCGGUGACGAGGGCUGCGCCGGCGUUGGACCAGGCACAGAGGGAUUGGAUUGGGUCGCAGAUUCUGCGGCUAUGUCUGCGGGAGAUCACCGAGUUCCGGUUUAUGCAGACUGACCCGAACUGGACCAACUUCUUGUAUAACCCGUCUAACUCUGGUCGGCUGGAACUCCUCGAUUUCGGCGCGUCUCGGGAGUACCCUGAAGAGUUCGUCUCGCUCUACGUGCGCCUCCUGCACGCAGCCUCUCGCGCCGACCGCGCAGCCGUGAAAUCCCUCUCGGAAGAGCUGGGCUAUCUGACCGGACACGAAUCACGCACCAUGCUCGACGCACACGUCACGUCGGUGUUGACGCUGGCGGAGCCGUUUAUGGAGAGCGCACCAGAGGUGUAUGACUUCAGGGGACAGACGAUUACGGAGAGGGUGAAGGCGCAGAUCCCGGUCAUGAUUCACGAGCGGCUGGCGCCGCCGCCUGAAGAGACGUAUAGCUUGCACCGGAAGCUGAGCGGGGCAUUUUUGCUUUGUGCAAGGUUGGGGAGCCGGGUGAGGUGUAGGGAUUUGUUUGAAGAGGCUGUGAGGAAAUCGGGGUAUGUGAAGGAGUAG